CAUCUCCUGGGUCCCCCCAGAUCCUCGCCCCUCCACACACAUUCUCCCCUUCCUAGAGGUUCCACUUCUGGGCUCUCUCCUUGCCAGGUCUUUUGCGUUUUCCAAGAUUCCCCGGCUGUGUUCUCCCGGGUUCCCGGUCCCCUCCUCCCUUGGAGCCCUCCCGCCUCUUGACCUGGCAGGGACAGUGCCGGUCUUGGGGGCCGGAACCCUGGCCAGACUCUUGGGGCCUGUCAGGGCUGGGGUUUCUGGCAAGACCGGUCCGGGGCCUGAGCCCCCAGACCCUGCCCCUGCCCCUGUCCCGCGCAUCCAGAUGGGCCUGAGAGCCGGAUCCGGCGAGACUCGGGCUCGGUGCAGCCAUAGGGAGGCAGCGUCCAUGGAGCGAAAGGAAUGCCAGGACCCUGCCCCAACAGACGUGGGCCAGCCUCAGCACCAACAGCCAACGCGCAGAUAGCAGAGCCGUCCUCGGGGGUGAACGAUGAUUCCGGUGACCGAGCUCCGCUACUUUGCGGACACGCAGCCGGCCUACCGGAUCCUGAAGCCGUGGUGGGACGUGUUCACCGACUACAUCUCCAUUGUCAUGCUGAUGAUCGCCGUGUUCGGGGGGACGCUGCAGGUCACCCAGGACAAGAUGAUCUGCCUGCCCUGUAAGUGGGUCACCAAGGACUCCUGCAACGACUCAUUCCGCGGCUGGGCAGCCCCUGGGCCGGGGCCCGCCUACGCCAACGCCACGGCCCUGCCGCCCCCCGCCGCGGGCCCCACGGGCAUCAGGUACGACCUGGACCGGCACCAGUACAACUACGUGGAUGCCGUGUGCUAUGAGAACCGGCUGCACUGGUUCGCCAAGUACUUCCCCUACCUGGUGCUGCUGCACACGCUCAUCUUCCUGGCCUGCAGCAACUUCUGGUUCAAGUUCCCGCGCACCAGCUCGAAGCUGGAGCACUUCGUGUCCAUCCUGCUCAAGUGCUUCGACUCGCCCUGGACCACGCGUGCCCUGUCGGAGACGGUGGUGGAGGAGAGCGACCCCAAGCCGGCCUUCAGCAAGAUGAACGGCUCCAUGGACAAGAAGUCGUCGACGGUCAGCGAGGACGUGGAGGCCACCGUGCCCAUGCUGCAGCGGACCAAGUCGCGCAUCGAGCAGGGCAUUGUGGACCGCUCGGAGACGGGCGUGCUGGACAAGAAGGAGGGGGAGCAGGCCAAGGCGCUGUUCGAGAAGGUGAAGAAGUUCCGCACGCACGUGGAGGAGGGCGACAUCGUGUACCGGCUGUAUGUGCGGCAGACCGUCAUCAAGGUGAUCAAGUUCGUCCUCAUCAUCUGCUACACCGUCUACCACGUGCACAACAUCAAGUUCGACGUGGACUGCGCUGUGGACAUCGAGAGCCUCACGGGCUACCGCGCCUACCGCUGCGCGCACCCGCUGGCCACGCUCUUCAAGAUCCUGGCGUCCUUCUACAUCAGCCUGGUGCUGUGCUACGGCCUCAUCUGCGUGUACACGCUCUGGUGGAUGCUGCGCCGCUCGCUCAAGAAGUACUCGUUCGAGUCCAUCCGCGAGGAGAGCAGCUACAGCGACAUCCCCGACGUCAAGAACGACUUCGCCUUCAUGCUGCACCUCAUCGACCAGUACGACCCGCUCUACUCCAAGCGCUUCGCCGUGUUCCUGUCCGAGGUGAGCGAGAACAAGCUGCGCCAGCUGAACCUCAACAACGAGUGGACGCUGGACAAGCUGCGGCAGCGCCUCACCCGCAAUGCGCAGGACAAGCUGGAGCUGCACCUGUUCAUGCUCAGCGGCAUCCCCGACACCGUGUUCGAGCUGGCCGAGCUGGAGGUGCUCAAGCUGGAGCUCAUCCCCGACGUGACCAUCCCGCCCAGCAUCGCGCAGCUCGCCGGCCUGCGCGAGCUGUGGCUCUACCACACGGCGGCCCGCAUCGAGGCGCCCGCGUUGGCCUUCCUGCGUGAGAACCUGCGGGCGCUGCACAUCAAGUUCACGGACAUCAAGGAGAUCCCGCUGUGGAUCUACAGCCUGAAGACGCUGGAGGAGCUGCACCUGACGGGCAACCUGAGCGCCGAGAACAACCGCUUCAUUGUCAUCGACGGGCUGCGCGAGCUCAAGCGCCUGCGCGUGCUGCGGCUCAAGAGCAACCUGAGCAAGCUGCCGCAGGUGGUCACGGACGUGGGCGUGCACCUGCAGAAGCUGUCGGUCAACAACGAGGGCACCAAGCUGGUCGUGCUCAACAGCCUCAAGAAGAUGGCCAACCUCACGGAGCUGGAGCUCGUCCGCUGCGACCUGGAGCGCAUCCCGCACUCCAUCUUCAGCCUGCACAACCUGCAGGAGAUCGACCUCAAGGACAACAACCUCAAGACCAUCGAGGAGAUCAUCAGCUUCCAGCACCUGCACCGCCUCACCUGCCUUAAGCUGUGGUACAACCACAUCGCCUACGUCCCCGUCCAGAUCGGCAACCUCACCAGCCUGGAGCGCCUCUACUUGAACCGCAACAAGAUCGAGAAGAUCCCGCCGCAGCUCUUCUACUGCCGCAAGCUGCGCCACCUGGACCUCAGCCACAACAACCUGACCCUGCUGCCCGCCGACGUCGGCCUCCUGCAGAACCUGCAGAACCUGGCCGUCACAGCCAACCGGAUCGAAGCGCUGCCCCCGGAGCUCUUCCAGUGCCGGAAGCUGCGGGCCCUGCACCUGGGCAACAACGUGCUGCAGUCGCUGCCCUCGCGGGUGGGCGAGCUGACCAACCUGACGCAGAUCGAGCUGCGCGGCAACCGGCUGGAGUGCCUGCCCGUGGAGCUGGGCGAGUGCCCGCUGCUCAAGCGGAGCGGCCUUGUGGUGGAGGAGGACCUCUUCAACACGCUGCCGCCCGAGGUCAAGGAGCGGCUCUGGAGGGCCGACAAGGAGCAGGCCUGACC